AUGCUGAGAUAUGCAGGAUUUCUGCUGCUGGCGUGCGUGGCAGGUCAAGGGUUGCCGGCUCCCCCCACCGAAGAGCAGGCAAAAGAGUUCUUGGAGGAACUGAAGAACCGCUCAAACAACUCCGACGCCAGGACAGAGACGUCCUCGGAGAUGCUGGAUCGAGUUCUCGGCCUUGUGCUAGAAGACGCCUCGGUGGUGCGGCUGAAGAGCGAGCAGGCCAACAAGUCUGAGGAUUGUACAUGGCCGAGCUGCGCGGCCUACUGUGUGCCGUGCGCGAAGACCAACAAGUACUGGACCUGCCUCUCCAGCGCGACCCAGUGUCAGGAGAAUUCCGAGUGUGUGGUUGGAAACUGCUACGCGCAUGCAGGAUACUGCUACGCCGAUGCUUAUCCUCAACACGCCAGGUGCUUUAUGGGCGCGAAGGCCCCGAGGGUGGACUUCCACAACACGCUGAUCCUCAGGCUUGGCGCCGUGGGGCCCGUGCCGCUUCCCAAGGCUCGCGCGGAGGACUGGUUCGAGUGGGCGAGGGGCUGCUGCUUGGUGCCGCUGGUGCUCUUCGGCGUGGGGAUCUUCGUGGCCUACAAGACCUGCUGGGUCUUAGACUUCUCGCGGGGGGACCAGUGCGAAUGGCUGCCAGCAACGAGAAAGGGCAUCAUCGUGUUCUCGGCAGUAUGUCUCUUGUUCUUCUGCGUGUUGCAGGUCAUUCGCUUCAAGCAAACCCGGAGGGACAUCCACGCCAUCGAGGAGCGGUUCAAUCGGCUCCAGCAGUCCAUGCGACACUUCCAGGACCUCACAAAUGAACUGGUGGAGGCAGAGCGGACCUACAACCAGAGCCUGUAUUUUGCCCCAGACUCCUGCAGCAACAACCCGCUGGUCACGAGCCUGGUCCAGAUGCUGGCGCAGGCCCUCAUGGACGAGUUCGCGGAGGUCGAUGUGAUUCUCCAAGCCAUUCGAGACACGUUGGACACCAUGAUGGUCUUGCUUGCCAGAGGCAAGCGCGCAGUGCACGACUAUGGCGUCAUGGUCAUCUACUACCCGAUUCUGCCCGCCUUUGUGAUGCUGCUGACCAUGGUAGUGCUCCUCUGCAUCAACUGCUACAUUUGGGACAGGCCCAAGCUGCUGAACGACCCGUGGAUGCGAGGUGUGGUGAAAAGCCUGGCGCCGGUGAUGGUGAUCUUCAUCCUGUUCUCCGCGUUGAGUGCAGCCGUGGUCUUCUAUGUUGCUUUGCUGAUCUCCGGCGUUUGUCUCAAUAUCGAUGAGAACCUGGAGGUGGCUGCUCGUCGCAUGCACUUUCGGGAUGUGGUGCCCGAGCGAAUCAACAUCGACGGCGUGCUGCAGCACACCGCCAAGUACUACCUGCGAGGUACCAACGUGAACCCCAUGGCCACGCUGCUGCAGAACUUCGAAGCCGCGCUCUACACGGUGCUGCACUUCUACAUGAUGUUCGACUGGCUGGUGCAGGCCGGAGCCGCCAGCUGCCCAGGCCUCAACCAGCUCUCCCCGGCGCCGUUGAUCGAAUCCCUGCUGGAGACGACACAGGGGGCAUACGACUUCGUUUCCGCCAAGAACAUUUGGCCCUACUACCACUCGAUCAUCCACGAGACAACCUGCCGGCACUUCCCUCGCAAUGGCAUGGGCCUGGUCUUCAUUUGCGUCCUCAUCGGCUUCUUCUUCUGCCCCGCGAUCGCCAUCACCAUCAGCAAUCACCUGAAGCACAUGGGCUUCCACCUGAGGAAAGCUCAUUCUCUGAAAGACAACAUCGACACGGAAGCGGUGGGCGCGAUCGGUGUGACCGUGGAGAGUAAGCUGGACCUUCUGAACCCAGAUGAGCAGGCCUUGCUAUUGGAUGACGUCUUCUGCGGCAGAUCCGAGGAGGUGAUAGCGAAGUACCGUGAGCUGAGCGCGCAGCCUCGCGCGAGCUCAAAGAUCGAGCUGCCACCAGUGGAGAGUGAGUCGUCCGAUUCCGCGUAG